CAUUAUGUAUCAUUAUACCGGUCCGCGCCGCGCGGUGUGCACUGCAGUUACUGGGCCAGGCGCGCGUGUGUGCUUCUCUCCUCUCCGUCGUUCGGUCGGUCGGUCGCUCAUCGUUAUCAUCUUUCUUCUACUUCUUCUUCUUCUUCUUCUUCUUCUUCUUCUUGCUCCCUUACGCUGGCCGCUGCAUCGUCGUCGUGAUCGUUCGUUCUUUCUCCGUCAACAGGCAAACGUCGGCCGUGCCGCGAUGCUGAUCGGCCUCGAAUAAUCACGGCUAACGCGCGUGUAGAGAAGAACACUUGCUGCCGGGUCGCUGAGCGAGAGCGAGCGUGUGUGCGCGCGCGCGCACGCCACUGUGGCAACGUUACAAUUAAAUCACGCAGUUUCGUGCGAGUGUUCUGUCACGCCAGGACCAGUUCGGAUCGACAGAUUAUCCGGUCCCCGUCGCCGGUGAAUCAGAACCGAAAACAAAAUCGACGGUACCUGGAUUUCGGGAAGUGCCGCCCUGGAAUAAUCCUCGGAAUUCAUAUCCUGCGGAUUGUCGCUCGUUUUCGUGACUGAUUGUGAACCAGAUUGUGAUUACGAGUGACCAGAGUUUAAUCGGAGAACGCAUUGCGCGUUCCGACGCGCAGUGAAUACGCACAUCGAUGGCCAGAUUCAAUCGCGAAGAACGCUCGAUCGAGUCUACGACGAGCUGACGCGUACCAUGAUUGUACAAUGACGCGCGAAACUAAAUGUACAUGACUCUUGUGUAUCAGCAUUUAACAGUUGGAUUCAGUUUCAUCACAACGAGUACGCGGGUGAAGUGUUUAGUGACCGAAGGAACUCAGACUAUUUACGGAUUUGAAAAUAGUGCACAUGUGAACAAUUAACUUGCCCAUCCCGUUUUCUCUGAAGUGACAGUGAUACACUUUACUAGAGCAUUGAUCAUCGUUAUUGACGAGUCAAUCGGGAACGCUAUGUCAACGCUUUUCCUCUAUACCGAAGAUUGUACAACGCCGCAAGAGAAACCGUAAUUGGAACAAGAACGGUCGAAUUACCGUGAAAUAGAGGCCGCAAGAUUCGCGCCCCGUACGGCGUUCGCGCGACGGCGGCGGCGACGACGUCGUCGGCGAGUUUGUCCGCGAGAACUGUGGGCUGUGGCGGCGGCAUCGACGUCGCGGCUAAGGUGGAGCGUCCGGGCAGCACGACGACGCUCAACUUCACGGACCUGGGGAGCCCAUUCGGGGCGGGCGACCCCUGUCCGUCUAGUACCCCGACCCCGAAUAGCAUGUCCGGCGGCGGUGGACCGUCCGGCGGCGGUGGCGGUGGCGGCGGCGGUGGUGCAGGUGCCGGUGCCGGCGGUUCCGACAUGGAACAGCAUCUUCAUCACACGGGUUUGGGCUCGGUGACCCCGGGACCACCCGGUGGCAACGGUGGUGACAGCACCACGUCCAGCACCCCGGUUUCGCAAAGCGGCAAAUCCGCGUUCAUCGAGUUACAACACAAUAAUCUGUACAAUCCUGCGGGUCUACGCGGUGGUUACCCGGGAGGGCAUAACGUGCCCGGUGCUCACCAGUUUUCGCAUCAAGUCGGAGCCCUGGGUCACCAAACGUCCGGACCGGGCAGCGGGAAUCAGCAGCACGCGGACGCAGGAUUCCCCAGUCCGAGGUCCGCGCUAGCCGGAUAUCCGUUCGCGCCCAUGCACCAGCAUAACGCCUACGGAUAUCACCUGGGAUCGUACGCGCCUCAAUGUCCCUCGCCGCCCAAGGACGGGUGGUGCAUGUUCGCAGACCUCUCGCCACUGGGUGACAAGGGUGGCAGCCUGGUCGACGAGCUCGGCGGCGGCGGCGGUGGUUCCUUGAGGAACGGGAAAGGCAAGAAGAUGAGGAAACCACGAACGAUCUACAGCAGCCUCCAGUUGCAACAACUCAACAGGCGGUUCCAGAGAACACAAUACCUCGCACUACCAGAACGAGCAGAGCUCGCGGCGAGUCUCGGUCUGACGCAAACCCAGGUGAAAAUCUGGUUUCAAAACCGGAGAAGUAAAUACAAGAAGAUGAUGAAGGCCGCGCAGCAAAGCGGCGGCGGCGGUGGCGGCCAGCACGGCAGCCUCCUAGCCGGUGGAACCGCUCUGCCCGGUGGACCAUCCCCUCAACCGGGUCAACCCGGAAGUCUCAUGCAAGGAGGAGGCGGAAGUUCCGUGUCGGGCAGUCCGACGACGGGCUACCUCGGCGGGAUGGGUGGCGGUGCAGGGGGUCACACCCCCGGCAGUUCGAGCCCCGGAAGCGAGAUGUCGCCCCAGCACAACGAGAGCCCGCCCGCACCCUCUUGGCCGGGCGAGAUGAAGCACCAUCCGCAUCCGCACGCGCCACCGCACACCCACCAUCACCCACACACGCCUGGCCACCAUCCACCGCCUCCACCGCCGCCGCCGCAUCACGCGGGCUACAUGCCACAGUACUCCUGGUACCAGGCGGAUCCUAAUCCCGGGCUACUCACGGUGUGGCCGGCGGUUUAACGAAGACGUCCUUCGAGCUGCGUUCAGGAGGAACCGCUUUUUCGUAGCACCGCAGACGUGCCAGCGCCCAUGCCCCAAAGUGUGAAUACAUAUAGCACCCGUCGCGACGGAAUCCGCGUUCGAUGUUAAAUAAAUUGUUUCUAUUUCUUAACGAAACUCGCGUUUUCGUCGACGAUCUCGUAGGAGACGAGAUGAAAUUUAAGUGUCCGUUAGAGAAGCAACCGCGACAAUAGUAAGAUGGAAAGACGUGUUCUAGACCCACGAAAACACGUGAAUUUCUCGGCAAAAUGCAACGUUUCACGGGAAACUUGCGUCGAAGAAUCAAAUGGACGAUCAUAUUAUCGCGAGUGAUGAUUCGUGAACAAUUCGCGUAUCGAAUUCACGCCGAGAGAGUAUCGCAGGACCACUCUUCUUUCACCAGUAAAUGAAAUCGUCGAAGGAAGAAAAUAUGGAUGGCCCGGGAAACGCGCAACGGACAACCGCGAAGUAAACAAAUCAUCGAAUAGGUAUAAUAAAGGAUCUCCUCGAUCGGAGAUCGACAGCAAAUCGUUCUCGUUUGCCUCGCUAGCUUGUCGAUUGUUCUUCGUCAUCGAGCGCACUAAACUGAGCAAGACUUGGCCUUUAGCUGAUAAUCGACCGAUCUAUCCGCGAUUGUCAUAGAUCGAUAGAAUUUCAAUGAUUGUGUGGUUAGUCAGAUACAGUUUCCGUCGAUCCGAUAAAUGUCAAGAUAACGGUCAGUCUAUGCGAAACUGACUAUUAUUAUCCUGAUAUUUUGGUCUCCUCUCAAUAACUGGUAUCACAGAACGAUUCCUCGAUUUCCUUCAUAAAUGUCAAUUGACUCGCGAUGCUAGAUCGGUCGAUCCUUGCGACAGUUGCCUAUCCGCGUCGACUGACCCACUUCGUGCUCUGGAAGCUGGACCUCAUCGGAUCGAACGGUGACGGGGCGAGAAGGGAGGAUAUAAAGUCGGAUGAGGGUAAUCGCAGAAUGGGACGGAGAGAGAAUAAUCGGAGGAAUGAUAAAGAAGGAAAGGGCGAAGCGUUGCACAAACUCGUCGCCGAGAAACACGGUCGUUCCUCAAGGCGGUUGGAAGUAAUGAAAUCCUAAUGACAUUUUCGUGAGUCAAACGAUCUCGGCAAUCACGGUGGCGCGCUGUAAUCACCGGUCCCUCCUUUCCGGAUGAAGCAACCGAACGCCCUACCGGGCAUCCUCCUCCGGGAAGGAGCCGCGGAGCGGAGCGGACCCGCGAGGAGAUAUGCGCGAUUCACUACGAAACCCGAGGCCGUGCGGGGCCGCGUAGAAAAAAUCAUUAUCUCGGUCGACGACGCGACGCGACGAACAGUUCUGACAAGUAUGCGUUCAUUAAAUUCGUGAAACAAGAAAAAGAAGGAUCGUUCGUGAAAGCACGGACUCGAGUAGCGUGGCUGGACGUCGAGCGGAAACAUCUGUCGAGAGGACAGUCUCGCGACGCGCUGUCUCCUCCCGGGGAGGAGAGAGAGAGAGAGAGAGAGAGAGAUCUCGCGGAAUCUUUUUCGUUCCGACAAAAUAAAUCUUUCUGUCCGUAAUUCUCGAUCGUCACACGUACCUGGAAACUACGGAAAAAGGAGCGCGAAAACGUUUCCACGUUUUACGCUGUUUUUAUCGUUUCCCGUCGGCCAUUGCUGGGUCACCCCUUUUGCCGUUUCUCGGCUACGAUACAGCCAACAUUUUCAAAGAGACGCCACGAAACCACAGGAAAAAAGAACGAACGGUUGCGGUUUGCGACCAGGGGAAACUGGGAGGGCCGUUGCGUUCGAGCCCCACCGCUGACCCAAAUCCUCCGGCGUAUCGGUCGGUAACAAUAGUCGUCUCAUGAGAACGCGGUCUCGCACGGUUCCUUUACUUCCUGACUCUGCCUACGUUUUCGUGAGAUGCCACUGUGUCAACCGUCUGGUCAAGGAGAUAGAGACUCGUGUGAAAACUUCGUCGAAAUAACCCUUUCGAAUUUUCCUUCGCUAACUCUAAGACGUUCUAUUCUUUAUUACUUUGAUCAAACAUUUAUUUUAGUCCAUUUAUAAAUGGUAUUUCAUUUCAAGAUAUUCAUAUUAUUUCAUUUCAGAUCAAGAUAUUUCGAAAGUCUUUUGAUUCCUAUCUUUAAAUUUCUACUUUGCUGUUUGAAUUAAAUCAAGCUGGUAUACCUUCUUUAUUGAAAUCAGAUCAAGGUUGUUUCGACACAGUUGAACCUCGCGUUUCCCUGGUAAUGCCCCGUUAGAAUAUUUCAUCGGGCACGCCGGAGCUUUCCCAUCAUGAAACUCUCCUCAACAUGGGAACAGAGCACAAAGCCAGUUUCACGUCGCUGGACAUCUGGAGCCAUCGCGUGUUACCUCGAAAUCCGCGAGAAAGAACGAGCCGCGAGCGGAGAAGGGCGGAACACGUCCGUCGCGUCAGUCGCGUUUUUACCCCUUUAUCUCGGUCGGAAUUUCCUCGUCCUCGCGAUUUCUCGGUGUUCUUUGUUCGUCGACCGCGGCGCGGCGUAUCGCGGCUAGGCAUUCCGGGCCAGGAGACACGUUUCAGCGCGAUGAUGACGAGAGAUGACGACAACGAUUCCAUCCGUGUUGUAUACUAAACAAGUGCCGUUAGAUUCGACCGCAGAGCUACGAGUCGCGGAAGGACGACGACGGAACCGGAGAAUGGUCGUUGUUGCUUGCGUUUGGAUUCGGUGCAAUAAGGAGGCGUGUGCGUGUAUAAUUUAAGACGAAGCUCCCUCAGUUCCUAAAUUGCGUGUAGAGCGAGUAAAUUGCGAAAAACAGCGUAAAACGAUUCGACGCGCGGCGGAUUCGACGAAAGUGUUGGCUGUGGCGCGGGACACACCGUUAUUUCAAUUCUUUUUUCUCUCCACAUCGCGGACUGUCCAUCGAACAUUCGUAGGUUACGUAUAAAAAAUUGUUAGACGAAAAAGAGACGAGGGAUAAAAAGGGAAAUAUAAUGAAGAACUGAAGAACCCAAGCGCUUGUCCAUCACAUCGUGUCGCGUCGUUGUCGCUGCAAAAGCAAACGCAUAACGCACGUUGCAGUUCAGCUUUGUCACGCUUUCGUCGAGUUCCGUGGAAUAAUAGAACGCCGCGCCGGCCGAGGAUGAGCGACGCGGGGCUAUUAAUGCGAAGGAGGACGGAGACGCGCGCGAGAUAAGAAUGACAGACGGAUAGGCAUGCCUAUAGUGAAAUGGCGAACAUCGCGAAAUGAAGUAGCGAUGAAAAAGAAACGGAAAAAAAAACGGUGAGAACGAAAUAAGGAGUCCGUAGGAAUUUCAUUAGUGUUACUAGUCCCGGUGCAAAGCGAGCGGGGAUCGAAUCGAGCGGCGUGAACAGAUUUAUAAAGAUCGGUCCUCCGAUGUGCGUGUAAAUAAUGCACCGGGGCCCACCCCCUGUUAGUACGUAAGCCGUAAAAAUGAAAUGAAUAAAUCUGUGUAAAAUACGAUAUUGUGAUAAGAUGUGUAAAGAUAUGCGAGAGAGGGAGAGAAAGAGAGAUGAAGCCAGAAAUCGUCUAUAUACAUAUAGGUUAACAACAAACACCGGAAACUCCCCCCCAGUUUAUCAAUUUUAUCGAGUACCCUUGUAUGAAUAUAGAUAUUACGAGGACUAAAAUACCUUAAUUAUGAUUACUAUUGUAUAAAAUAUGAAUAAUAACUAAUUAAUUCAAUUUAAA